CUGUGAGAACGCGUACAAUCGCAUCUCUCCAAGUGAACGCGCGUCGGUGUGGUUCCACAACCCGAUUGAUUCGGCAGCGACCGCAAGAUCACCGAGUUGCAUUGUGGCAAUGGGACCAUAAAAGAAGAAAUUCCAUCGCAUAAGAACAACUACAACAACAAAAUACAAGUAAAUAAAUACAACCAGAGAAGACACCUCACAAAAGAAGUGGACAUGGAGAAGCGUAGAGGAGAUGCGAUAUAACAGAGAAAACACAUCAAGGAUUUACUUCUCGAGUUGAACAUUUCUGUGCUUUUCAGGGAGUUUGAGUAUUUUUAUCCUGUUAGAUUUCUUAGUCAAUCGCAAGCAUGAACCGAAAGGAGAUGAGGUUGUGUUCGAGAUGCUGGAGCGUGCCGAUGCUCUCCGUCCUUCUGCUCGUCUGCUUGACACCGCUGUUUGCACAUGGUAACUCUGUGGUGGCAAAUGAAACUGAGGCUGAUAGUGCUGUUAACGUGACCUCCUUGUCUACCGAAGGCGAAGAGGAGAAAAUAGAGGAUGUGUCACAGUUCACCAGUUUGUCCAGCUCCUCGGACCUGACCCACACCGGACGAAAGCUCAGAGAUGAAGACGUCGGCAGCGGCAUGCUUGAAGAGGUCAUCACUUCAACUCCAGGAACGCCAACUCCCAGUGAGUCUGCCACAACCACUUUGGCAAGUCCAGAGAUCAGCCUCAACUCUGCCGAAAAUGACCACUUGAUUCCCUUUAUGGAAGAAGAGGAACAGAAUGUGGAGGAGAAUGUUAAGGAAGUAGUGCCGACGCAACCGCCCUGGCAGGAUGCUAAAGGCGACAUGGAGACCACUGUGUUUGACCUCGACCAUGAGACGUCUCCAGCGACCCCAUCUCCAACCCAUCCACCUUCCACACCCGACGUCACUGUAGAUUUCUUUGACAGUGAUUCUCACCGCAAGAACCUAGACCCACCGUCCCAGUCACCGCACGAGCUUCAGGGCCGAGACUCCACCUCCUGGGCCAUGCCUGAUAACUACGACUACAUGACUCCCUACGACGAUAGUGUGUCUCCCACUACUGAAGAUUACCCCAGCAGCACUACUAGUGAAUUUGAAACUUAUGAUGACGAGAUCUCCACUACCCCUCCUCCAAAACGUGACCCUCCUCGAUUGCCUUCCAAGCCUAGCUUCACGUUCCCCAAAGGAGCCACUGGGGAAGAAGACCGCCGCGCUCCCCCCGGCGCGGUGGACACGGUUAAUGGUUCUGACUGUCGACUGGGUUUUGUUCGCAUCAACGGGACCUGCAAGUCCCGGUGUGACCAGCAGCCCAACUACUGCUUCAAUGGGGGCCAGUGCUACGUUAUGGAAGGAACUCAAAUGUUCUGCAGGUGCAACAUCCAGGACUACAUGUGGCACAAGGGUGCUCGCUGCGAGUCGGUCAUCACGGAGUUCCAGGUAAUGGUCAUCGCCAUCGGGGCAUCCGCUCUCAUGGUGCUCCUGCUCUUCAUGAUCAUCGUUUGCUUCGCCAAGAAACUUCACGUGCUCAAGACCGAGAAUAACAAGUUGCGCAAGCGCAGCAGUAAGUACCGUCCUUCCUCGGAGCACCACAAUGAUAAUUUCUCGUUGUCCACCAUCGCUGAGGGCUCCCAUCCAAAUGUAAGGAAACUUUGCGACACCCCUCCUAACCUCCCUCAUGCCCGUGCUUUGGCUUACUAUGAUAACAUUAUCUGUCAGGAUGAUCCUAAUGCCCAGAACAAGCUGGAGGACCCCGUGAAGGCCCCCCCACCCAAAGAGGACGAGUCGCUGAACAUCCAGAACUCGCUCACCCCCAAGCACGAGAACCACAAGGUGCUGGGCGAGGAGAACUCUUCGGAGGUAAACUCGCUGCAGAACAACAUGAUGUAGAGCAGAAAACAAGCACCCACCGGCACCACGUCCACCAUCACUUAAAGCAUCGAGUGGCACCACACAUCACCACACGACAGAGAAAAAACGUUCAAACCCCGCCCCUCGUACCCACUCAGACUCCGCCUCCUGCCCCGCCCCCUUGUUGCAGUCUUUUUGCCCUGUAGUCGACCCGCCCCUGACCCAGUCCUUAGAUAUAUAUAAAUAUAUAUACACACACACAAACAAACACACCUACCCCUGCCUAACUGAAUUACGGCAUGCGUUGGUGUAUAUUGUAAAAAAAAAAAAAGAAGAAAAAAAAAAAAGUCGUAUUCGGGGUUUAAAAUAUAAGACGUUGUCAUAAAUGAAAAAAAGCUACUGAGAGGUUUUGAUGUUUGUCUGACUAAUUCAGUGAGUAUGUAUAAAUAUAUGGAAAAAAAUGCUUGGAUUGAUAUAAAGAAAAAAACACAAUGUGUCUUUGUUCUGAUGUGAUUUCUAAUCCUUUGAUGUACUUGUUUUAUUUUGUACUUUUUUGGGAAUAUAAACUACGAGCAGAAAACGAAAUCUGACAGUUGUUGAAAUAAACCUUUUUAACACUAAA